AUGAAAGUUGCUAUAAACUGUCUGACUUGGCUGCUUGCAUGGAAAAGAAAAUAUACCGGCCAACUGGAUAGCAGCAACAGCGCCAUCAACAUGGCGUGCUGCAAACGAAUAACGGCAGCACAAGUAGCAAUAGCAACACCAGCCAUAGCAACAGCAACAAUAGCAACAUGGUGUGCUGCAAACAAACGACAGCAGAACCAACAACAGCAUGGACAGCAGCAUGACUGGGCGUUGACUGGCUGA